CCGAGUCAGUAUGGCAACAGAUGAGUGAAUUGUGUAGCAAUUAAUGUAAAUACAAGUCAGUUCACAUCUUCUGUCAGCAAUCAUCCGUAGCCAGGUGCGUGUGUGUGUGUGUGUGUGUGUGCAUUACGCUGCCUCAGUUUAUUUACUCUACUGACUCUGCUGGUAAUGGUAGAGGUUUGUGUACACUAAAGUCUGAGUACCUUGUGUUUGGUUGCGAGAAAGCUUCGGAAUUAGUAGGGCUAAAGAAUGCUCAAAUACUCAGUAUACAAUACGCCAGUCUCUUUGCUUUUCUUUUGUGUUUGUGCUCUCAUUUCUUCCCCCGCAUUUGCUUCCACCCUCCCUCACCCCUCACCCAUUCUUUUCCCCCUUCUUCCUCUUCUCUUCAACGAAUGCUCUCUGCUUUACGUCAGUUUGUGUGUCUCUAUAGUGAAUGUUGUCAGUGUCCUUGACUCAGCCAAUGUCCAGAUAUCAAGCCCAACAUCGUUGCCAUGGGAUUCCCGUCAGAGAAACUGGAGGGAGUGUUCAGAAAUAGAGCCCAGGACGUCGUGAGGUUCUUUGACAUGAAACAUCCCGACCACUACAAAGUCUACAACCUAUGUUCAGAGAGAACCUACGAUCCUGGGAGAUUUCACCAGAGAGUUGCUAACUACCCAUUCGAUGACCACCAAGCUCCGCCAUUCGAAUUGAUCCGACCGUUCUGUGACGACAUGGACUUGUGGCUGAAAGACGACGACAGAAACGUAGCUGUAGUUCACUGCAAGGCCGGAAAGGGAAGAACAGGUGUAAUGAUCUGUUCAUACCUCCUCCACGACAGACUCUUUGACACCUCCAAAGAGGCCCUCGCUUUCUAUGGCGAGGCUAGGACCCAAAAUGCCAAGGGGGUUACAAUCCCCAGCCAGAGACGGUGGGUCCAGUACUACGGUCAUCUCAUUCGCAACAGUCUGGAGUACUCCCCAAGAACUGUCCUACUGAAAGCUCUACGACUGCAGGGGAUGCCCAUGAUGCAGGUUGGCACCUGUGUCCCAUCGUUUGUAGUUCGGUUCAACAACGUAAGAAUUCACACAUCGAAAGUCUACGAGAACCUGAGAAAGACGGACACCAUUGUCGACCUCACUCUCCCUCAGCCUGUCCCGCUCUGUGGGGACAUCAAGAUAGAGCUCUUCCACAAUACUAGGACCUAUAGAAAGGAGAAAAUGCUCCAUUUCUGGUUCAACACGUUCUUCAUCGACAUGCACAUUGCCCAGCAACAAGCCUGGGCUGCCGAUGAACACAGAGCGGAGAGAGAAGUGAGAGCUGAGGUUCAUCAUCACAGAACAAAGAAAGAGAAGGAAAGAGAAAGAGAAUCUCUCAGAGGUCACGCGACAGGGACCUCCCAACAUAUGGUGAUGAGAGACUCCAGAGCGGCCGCCAGAGCCUCGGGAGUUUCCUCCUCCUCCAACGGAGGACUCACUCCGGGCUACGAUGUGGGGCCGGACUGCAAGGUCAUCAUCCUGCCCCAACACGAGCUGGACAAGGCCAACAAAGACAAGAGACACUUCCCAGGAAGUUUCCAGGUCCACGUGGUACUGUCGGAGGUGAACCAGGAGGUGGAGAACGACGGACUCAAGAUUAACCCUCCUCCCUCCUCGUCUUCCUCGUCUGACAACGAGGGGGAGGCAAGGGUGGACUAUUGCGACGAAGAUGAGAACCUGUCAGACACAGAUUCUGAGGAUGAGUGGGAUAAACCCUCCAAGGUUUAGCAGGUACUAGGAGGACUCCUCAUCCUGUGUUGCCUCUCUCUCUCUAUAGUUUUAACAGAUGGGACCUUAGCUGGGCCCUCUAUAUAGUUUAAAGGGACUCUCAAACACUGAAGCUUUUGCAUUGUGGUUAUAAGUGCCAGGCCUUCGUUUAGAAAUUAUUGGUCCAAGGGGAGCAAAAUGUGAACAAGAGGAGGGACAAACCCUGUGCAUUAAACGGGUUGGAACUCCAAAGGGUCUUAGAGUGUAUCAAGGGGGCUAGGCCCCUCUGCCCCCUAAAUAAAUCCCUGAGUAUAGCUACAAAACAUGGCUAAUCUACAUGACGUACAAU